CGGGGCCGGGAGGGGCGGGGCGGACGCAGAGUCGCGUUUAGUCUAGCGCAGCGGUCGCGAGCGCUCUGGGUAUCCUGUGCUGUGCCGCGCAGUUCGGCAGCAGCAGCCGCGGAGGAGUAGCCGCCGUGGGAGGGAGCCAUGAAGCACUACGAGGUGGAGAUUCUGGAUGCAAAGACAAGGGAGAAGCUGUGUUUCCUGGACAAGGUGGAGCCCCACGCCACCAUUGCGGAGAUCAAGAACCUCUUCACCAAGACCCAUCCGCAGUGGUACCCCGCCCGCCAGUCCCUCCGCCUGGACCCCAAGGGCAAGUCCCUGAAGGAUGAGGAUGUUCUACAGAAGCUGCCCGUGGGCACCACGGCCACGCUCUACUUCCGGGACCUGGGGGCCCAGAUUAGCUGGGUGACGGUCUUCCUAACAGAGUACGCGGGGCCCCUUUUCAUCUACCUGCUCUUUUACUUCCGAGUGCCCUUCAUCUAUGGCCACAAAUAUGACUUCACGUCCAGUCGGCACACGGUGGUGCACCUCGCCUGCAUCUGCCACUCAUUCCACUACGUCAAGCGCCUGCUGGAGACGCUCUUCGUGCACCGUUUCUCCCAUGGCACCAUGCCUUUGCGCAACAUCUUCAAGAACUGCACCUACUACUGGGGCUUCGCCGCGUGGAUGGCCUAUUACAUCAACCACCCUCUUUACACGCCGCCUAGUAAGUGGCCUCAGACCGUCCUUCCCUCCCCCACGGCCCCCACCCACCGGGUCCUCCCCUCAUGGGCCUCCCCUCGCUGCUUCCUCUGCAGCCUACGGAGCUCAGCAGGUGAAACUGGCGCUCGCCAUCUUUGUGAUCUGCCAGCUUGGCAACUUCUCCAUCCACAUGGCCCUGCGGGACCUGCGGCCCGCUGGGUCCAAGACCCGGAAGAUCCCAUACCCCACCAAGAACCCCUUCACGUGGCUCUUCCUGCUGGUGUCCUGCCCCAACUACACCUACGAGGUGGGGUCCUGGAUCGGUUUCGCCAUCAUGACGCAGUGUCUCCCAGUGGCCCUGUUCUCCCUGGUGGGCUUCACCCAGAUGACCAUCUGGGCCAAGGGCAAGCACCGCAGCUACCUGAAGGAGUUCCGGGACUACCCGCCCCUGCGUAUGCCCAUCAUCCCCUUCCUGCUCUGAGCGCUCGCCCCUGCUGGGGCUCAGCCCCUCACCGGGUGGCAUUCUGGGGGAGGAGUGGGGCCCACAGCUCUCCAGCACCCGGAAUAAACCCCGCCUGCCCCUGUCGGACUCGGGCUUCGUGUGUUUCUGUCCGAGGUUGGGGACCACCACAUGCCCCUCGCUCUCUCCCCACCCUCGCGUUGGCGCCGUAAGAGGGGACUCUGG